UGUUCAAGCGCGAGGCUCAUUUGGGUGGGAAUUUUGCCGAACAGAACGCCCGCAUCGUUUCCACCCUACUCUCCUCUCCUUUUUUUUCUUCUAAUUUGGUCGCCCAAAAGCAGAUGUCGAAGCUCUUCUCCAAAUUCCUGGGGUUUUUCAGCUCCCGAAAGUUGGUCGGCGUCGACAAGGCCGGUAAUCGCUACUUCACCCGCGCGGAGGAGAUCGACGGGAUCGUGAAGGAGAAAAGAUGGGUUAUUUUCAAAGAUGAGGCAGAGCCCACAUCCAUUCCAGUUGAGUGGAUCUGCUGGUUGAAUGGCCAAAGGAAGAUAGCUCCAACUCCAGAGGAAUUGGUUGAAUUGGAGACAAGGCGUGCACUUAUUAAACAAAAUGUUGCACUUCUGAAGAAGAAAGAGGAAGAAGAAAGAAAAUCUGGUGUUCUUCCAAGAAAGACAAUAGGUAAAGAUGGAUCUCCCGACCUUAAAAGUUUCAUUCAGCAAUUCCCAGAAGCUUCUUUUGCUCAAAGAAGCGAGGAACCCUCAGACACACAGGAUUCUUCAAAUAGAGAAGAAAGGUCUUCAGAGCCAACAGGAUCUGGCCCAACUUAUCAACCUGGAACAUGGCAACCACCGUCAUGAAAGUCGGUUAAGUCAAUCUACAUAUUCAAGCCAUUUAACAGAAAUAAUCAAAUUGGCAGAGGAAACUGGAGUCCAGCUUUGCUUAAUCCCCACGAGAUGUUUUGUUCCAACAUGGUAUUUUGAUAGUGUUCUUGUGACGCCUCAGCUAAACACUGCCAUUCUCGAUCAGUUCAUGGUCCCUCACAUCAGAUACCCCAACUACGUGGGCUUGUCAUGGAUUUUGCUCUAUUUUUCAGCUUCCAAAGAGUCCAAUUUGCAAAAAGAACUGUGUUCAUCCAUCGUACGUUGAUUUGCAAAACUUGUUUGCUCGUUUAUCAUGGCACCAGCAGAAACAUUCAAUUAGUUGAAUUGUUCAUCUUCGGGAAAAAAAGUGUUGCCAUUUCACAUCGGAGCGAUGCAGUUUUGAGAUGUGUGAACUCUGAUAUGAAUUUUAAAUUUUAGUGAUUUAGUUAAUUAGAUAAAAUAA